GCCGCCGCCGCCGAUAUGGCGCGCCCGGCCCCUGUGGAGCCCCCGCUGCGGCAUCCCGCGCCCCCCUCGCCGGCCGCGGGCGAGCCCCGCACUUCUGUUGAGGCGGCGGUGGCCCCGCGGAGAGUGCUGUUCGCCGACGAGGCCCUGGGGCUGCCGCUGGCGCAGCUGCGCCGCUACCGGCCGUGGGGCGGGCCCGGGGCGGGCAAGAUGGCGGCGGCGGCCGGGCAAGAUGGCGACGGCGGCGGGGCUGACGAGGACGACGAUGGCGAGGAUGGGGAUGAAGGGGAGGAGGAAGAGGAGGCUUGCCCUGCGCCCUCGCCGCUGUGCCCCGUCCCCGCUGGCGGGGGGUUUUACCUGGUGCCCACAUUUUCGCUGCCGCCCGCGCCGGGCCGUCUGGAGCGCUUGGGGCGCGUCAUGGUGGAGCUGGAGGCGCUGCUGCCGCCUCCCGGAGCGGUCCCCGGGGGUGCCGGGGUGUGGGUGCCUGGGGGGCGCCCGCCGGUGCUGCGCGGGUUGGUACGCGUGCUGAACCGCUCCUUCGAGAAAGCGGUGCACGUGCGGGCCUCACACGACGGCUGGGCUUCCUUCUGCGACCACCCAGCGCGCUACGUCCCGCGCAGCCCGCCGGGGGCAGGAGCGGGAGGACCAGGAGCAGGAGAUCCCAUCCUGGAUCCCGGCCUGGGCCUGGGCUUGGGCCUUGGCCAGGCGUCCGCCUCCUCGCCCGACGACGGCGGCCGCACUGACCGCUUUGCCUUCCAGCUGCCCUUUGCUGAGGGCGCGGGCGAUGGGGCGCGCCUGGACUUCGUGGUGCGCUAUGAGACCCCCGAGGGCACUUUCUGGGCCAACAACCAAGGCCGCAACUACACAGUCCUGCUCCGGAUCGCACCCGCUCCCACACCCACUGAUGCUGAAGGGCUGCCCCAGCAGCAGCAGCUGCAGCAGCUGGAGCCACAGCCCGAGUGCCAGGGUCCCGUGGAGGCUGAGGCCAGGCAGCUGAAGAGCUGCAUGAAGCCGGUGAGGCGCAGGCCCGCUGAGGAAGAGCUGAGGAUGAGGAGGUCAGAGGACAGCACCCCUGCUGUGGCAGAGCGCCCUAAUGUCCAGGAGUCAGUGGGUCCCCUGGUGGCCCCCACCCCUCUCCGCCCAUGGCCUCAGAUGACGCUUCAGGUUUCUGAAGUUACAGUGACUGGCAAACCCCCAGAGGAAGGUGACGUCCCCAGAAGCAAUCCGCCUGUGGCUUUCACAGAGGUCCCCCAGGCACGGGCCAUCAGGAUUCUCCCCUCUUCCUCUCUCUGUGGCCUGGGUGGCUCCCCCAGGGACCAGGCCUCGGGGCCCGAUGCAAGUGAGGGGGCAGCCGGGCCUCUUCUGGAACCCAGCCAGCAACAGGUGGAGGCCACGUGGGAAGUAUCGCAAGAGAAUGGAGGGGGCCGAAAGGAUUCCAUGGUGGGGGCCUUAAUGGAUGAACCCCCUGGGGGUCUGGAGGUUGUGGGUGGGUUAGAGGAGCUGCUUGGUGAGGACACCAUUGACCAGGAGCUGGAGCAGCUCUACCUGUCCCACCUGAGCCGCCUGCGGGCCGCUGUGGCUGCAGGUGGGGUGGGAGGUGGCGGGGAGGGCCCCACAGAUGGGGGAGUAUCCCCCAGCCAUCCCCUGGGCAUACUCACGGACCGCGACCUGAUCUUGAAGUGGCCUGGCCCCGAGCGGGCCCUGAACAGCGCCCUGGCUGAGGAGAUCACCCUGCACUAUGCCCGGCUGGGGCGUGGUGUGGAGCUUAUCAAGGACAUUGAGGAUCCUGAUGAGGAGGGGGAGGGCGAAGAGGGACUCUCCAUUGUACCCUCCAGCCCAGAAGGGGACACCCCCAAGGAAUCACCUCCAGAAAUCCUCUCAGGGGUCCAUCCUGUGGUAGCCACUAUGGGAGAUGUGUGGCUCCCGUGGGCAGAGGGCUCGGGCUGUGACAGCCCCGUGGUUCUGGGUGCAGAGGGUCAGUUCGCUGGGGCUCCAGAAAAGGGGAUGGGCAAGGACGCCGACUCUCUGCGCAUAAAUAGGGUGAUGGCUGGGGUGACCGGGCCCCCAGGGGAGAAAGAAGGCCGGAUGGAGUUUACCACUGAGUGGGCAGACAGCUUGGUUCCUAGAUCUGGUAAGGAGCCAGCUGCUCCAGUCCUACGGGGGCAAAGUUUGACCCUCCUCAGUCCCUCGGGGGCUGAAGUCUGUCCUUCUAGCCUGGCCAGGCCCCAUAUGAGCCCCCAGGAUGAAGAGAGUGCAGGCCCAAGCCUGGAGCCCCCAAAGAAGUCUCCCACCUUAGCAGUCCCUGCAGAAAGUGUGUGUGUAUUGCCUCCCCAGCUGUGGGGGCCCUUGACCCAGACUGUGGGGGUCCUGGCUGUGUUGGUGGUGGUCCCUGUGGCUCUGAACAGUGGUAUGUCCCUCCUGGUGCUUGCGCUGUGCCUCUCUCUGGCCUGGUUCUCGUAGAGGCUGAUUGUAUGGGGUGCAGCAGUAACAGACGUCCCCCCUCUCUGGGGUGUGGAGAGAGGCCGUCCCUGCACUGCACCCAGGGGGUUCAGAUAGGAUGUGUGGCCUGUAUAGUGAGGGGUCUUUUGCUUCUGAGAAUGCCCAACUGGAGAGACACCUUCCCGUCCUUGAGGACUUGUUGGCACAGGGCUCCCUGUGGUGAUGCCUGUGGAGGGGAACAGGGCACGGUGGACGGUGUGAGAUAACUUUCAGAGAGGAACUGGGCAUGUCCUCCCUUCCUCCCCACCCAAGCCUGUAUUUAUUUUUGUAUAAUUCUCUGGACGAGGGCGAGUGGUCGUGAGCUGGUCUUGGGGCACAAUUACCCAGAGAUAUAUUUAUUAACAGCCAACCUGUGCAACCUGCUGGAGCUUUAUUUUUAAUUUAAUUUAUAUAGAGUACCUAUUAUUAUAUGCCACAAUAGAGCUCUAUGAGAAAUGA